AUGAAUGCUCAUUGGAGAAGUACUCAAAGAAACAUGUUCAAGGUUUUAGCUUCUUUACUGCUGUUUCUGGCACUCUGCUGCAGAACAAGCUUGGAAGAAUCGGGCAAUCAUUGUUAUCGGGGAACGUGUAAUGGGACGAGCGGUGGUGCUUCUUCUUUUCCUUCUCCAUCCCGAGAGCCACAGCUUCUCCAACGAGACGUGGAUGCUGUAAAUGCUCUGCUUGAACUUGUGACGCCUCGGAACUUUUUGAUUUCCAUCACAGCAGUCGGUUGCUCUGCAACAAAGCAUACACCAUUCAUGAAAUGCAAUUGCGACAACAGUACGAAUAUAUGCAGGGUGACUAAAAUCAAUCUCAGUGGACUUGCUUUAAGCCGUCAACUUCCUGCGGAAAUUGGAAACCUUGAUUAUCUGGAAGAACUACGCCUUGUCGGGAACUAUAUCAGCGGACCAAUUCCUGAAUCUUUUCAAAAUUUAUCGCGCAUAUCUGUUAUAAACCUUUCUGAUAACCAUCUUACCGGAUCAAUUCCUAAGUCCUUCCGAAAUUUGUCGCAGAUGACUGAAAUUAAUCUCAAACGUAACAACUUGGAAGGACCCAUACCAUAUUUUCUUUCGGAGAUGAAGUCCUUGACAAUCCUAAGGAUAAGUGAGAAUUGGUUUGAUGGGUCAAUUCCGCGUGAGUUUGGUACCUUUCCAGCCCUUAAAUACUUGUAUCUGGAUGGUAACUUUUUAUCUAUGGGGAUCCCUGAUGAAUUAGGAAAUAUAUCAAGCCUUUUAGAACUGUCUUUGAAUGAAAAUGAACUUUCGGGUCAGCUUCCACAACAAUUUGGAAACCUCACAAAACUCGAAGAGCUGUACCUAAGCAACAAUUUGUUGAGUGGUAAAUUGCCUCCAAGCUUGGACGCACUGGAAAACUUAGAAGCCUUCACUGUUCAAGGAAAUAGCUUCAGUGGAAGGAUUCCAGACUUCAUCUCAAAGUGGCGAAGCCACCAAUACUUGUAA